AACCAUGACUUUCUAGGCUUCAUGAAUUUCUUGUCAAUUUCCUAUGGCAAAAUCAGACUUUCAUGACAUCUUCCUUGGUAUAUAUAUAUAUGUCGUCUACUCCACACAAGAACUCAUUCCAUUCAUUUACUUCCAAAUUAAUCUUGCAAAUUCCAAAUGGAAAAUAAUUUGGAAGCCUCAACCCUUAGUAUUGAUCUCAACUCGAACCCUAAUGAAGCUCCGAAGUCGGGAUUCGAAGAAACUAGUCUCCGAGAAAUGAAGUCCCUUUUCAAAGACGCUCAGGAUGAUGAACUGAUCCAAGAAUUGUGUCGUGUGAAAUCCGAGAACAAGAAGCUGUCAAAUAUGCUGACAAUUGUGAGCAGAAAUUUGUCUGAAUUUUUUAAGCAGAUGCAGUACGAGGAGGAAGAGCUGUCAAGAACAAGGAAGAGGAAAGCCGACGACAUUAAUAAUCAACAUCUCCAAAAUAUUUCACCCACUCAUUCUGCUGAUUUGCCAAACGUGAUUAAAUCAAAUAUUUCAAGAGUUUAUGUAAGAAUUGAUCCAUCUGAUGUCAGUCUGGUAGUGAAGGAUGGAUACCAGUGGAGAAAAUAUGGACAAAAGGUAACGAGGGAUAAUCCGUCGCCUAGAGCUUACUACAAGUGCUCCUUCGCCCCGGCUUGCCCCGCCAAGAAGAAGGUGCAAAGGAGUGUAGACGAUUCAAGUAUCUUAGUAGCAACAUAUGAGGGCCAACACCACCACCACAGCCGCCCCGCUCCAGCCGAUGGCGGAGCUCCAUCUCCAUGUGGCGGCGCUACAACAGCUGGUGAUGAGUACUGUAGCAAAAGUAGUCAAGGUGCAAGUGAUGAAAUCCAUCAGUUUUUGGUUGAAAAAAUGGCUUCUUCUUUGACAAGAAAUCACAAUUUCACAACAGCGUUGGCUGCAGCCAUAACAGGAAGAAUUUUGGACGAGGUUAUAUUGUCGGAAACAACUGCUGUUGUCGACGACACUAAUAAUAUUUCUAAUUCUAUAGGUUUUUCAAUGUAGACGUCUCAAUCUCAUUCUGGAUUUGCUAUGAAAUUUUGGCUAUUUAUAGUAGAGGUAAUGUUAACUA